CGUCAGCUGGGCGGGGACUGUUCCGCGCCUGCGCAGUACGUUUCUCCAGAUCCUAGUUUCGCAGUUGGCAACGCUGGGCGAGCGUGAGAAGCGGCGCCGCCAUGGAUGAUGAAGAGGAGACCUACCGCCUCUGGAAGAUCCGGAAAACCAUCAUGCAGCUCUGUCACGAUCGAGGCUACCUAGUGACCCAAGACGAGUUGGACCAGACCCUGGAGGAGUUCAAAGCCCAGUUUGGGGAUAAGCCCAGUGAAGGCCGGCCCCGACGGACAGACCUCACUGUGUUGGUGGCCCACAAUGAUGACCCCACCGACCAGAUGUUUGUCUUCUUCCCAGAGGAGCCGAAGGUUGGGAUCAAGACCAUCAAGAUGUACUGCCAGCGCAUGCAGGAGGAGAACAUCACCCGGGCCCUCAUUGUCGUCCAGCAGGGCAUGACCCCCUCAGCGAAGCAGUCCCUGGUAGACAUGGCUCCCAAAUACAUCCUCGAACAAUUCCUACAGCAGGAGCUGUUGAUCAACAUCACUGAACACGAGCUGGUUCCUGAACACGUGGUCAUGACCAAGGAAGAAGUGACGGAACUGCUUGCCAGAUAUAAGCUGAGGGAGAACCAGCUCCCCAGGAUACAGGCGGGGGACCCCGUGGCCCGGUACUUUGGAAUCAAGCGUGGCCAGGUGGUGAAGAUCAUCCGACCCAGUGAGACAGCCGGCAGAUACAUCACCUACCGUCUGGUGCAGUAGCCGGGCCUGGCUCAAAAGGGCUGGCUGAAGCUCUUUGAGCCGCACGUUGGGAAUUGCCUGCCACGAUGCUAGAAACUUUUCCGUCCUUGGGUCUUUCCCGGAAGGUGACUGAACUGGGACAAAUGCUUCCGGAGUCUGUGCAGAGUCCUCUGACCUUGCAGGAGAAACUGGUUCUUCAAGGGGAUGGAGCGCCCGCCUCCCGUGAAAACCCUGCCAGCUUCCCCCGAUGAGCCCUCCUGGGCCCAAGCCAUUUAUACAGCCGGCAGGGACGAAAGGGUGAUCGACGGUGGUGCUUUUGAGGAGCGCAGUCUGGGAUGGGGCAGGGGGAGUUUUUCAAAGUCUGGGUGCUCAGUCUGUAGAUGUGUGGUUGUAAUAAACUUCCGAAAGGGUG